AUGCAGUCGCCGGCAGCAAUGGGCGGGCGUUUAUCCUGGGGCGUGGGACUGGCCGUGGGGGUGGGCGUGACGACAGCGGCGGGCUGGUGGGCGUGGAUGGCUCUUCGGCGCCGGGCUCUCAGAUGGGAAGAAGUGGGUAUACUAGACCAGCUGGUGAUAUACCCCGUGAAGUCAGCGCGGGGCAUACCUGUUGCUUCAGCCACGGCCAGACGGCAUGGCCUGGCGAGAGACCACAUACAAGACAGGUCAUUCAUGGUGGUACGUGAAAAUGGCAGCUUCGUCUCGGGUCGUCAUGCAGGGAGCCUCAUAACUGUAUCAGUGACUCUCGAGGCUCAUGACCAGCUUAUUCUUCAUGCUCAAGAUGGCUCAGAUAUGCAAGUCGAUCUCCGAGGCGUGAUGAGGAAGCCAGCCAUUGUGGAAGCCAGAAUGUGGGGAAAGGAUGUAAAAGGAAUUGACUGUGGAGACGAGGUGGCAGCGUGGCUAACGCGUGUCCUCUUCGACGGCGAAACGAGAGUUCGAUUAAUUUACAAAGGGGACGUGAUGGAGGAUAGACCUGCUAAUCCGCCACAGUACUUCACCUUUCCACAGUUUCAAGAGACAGAUCGGAUGUAUUACGCCGACACCUGCGCUUACCUCGUAGCCACAGCCUCUUCGUUGCAAGACCUGAACGCUCGCUUGCAAGAACCUGUCCCGAUGAGCUGCUUUCGUCCCAACCUUGUGAUCCAGUGUGAUACGCCCUUCGAUGAGGAUGAUUGGGCCUUCGUCAAAAUCGGGGAGGUCGUGAUGAGGAGACUCAAGCCUUGUGAGAGAUGUAUACAAACAACUAUUAACGUCAACACGGGGGUGCGUCACCCUACAGGAGAACCCAUUACCACUUUAAAGACAUACCGAGUUCCUGAAGAACCAGAAAGGCUUGCCAAACUAUGGAAAAAUAAACCUAUAUUUGGAGUGAACAUGGCCAUCGAAAGUACAGGGGAGCUACACACAGGAGACAUUGUGUACGUGGCUAGGAAAUCUGCCCAUUCUUGGUUCAGAAGCACUUAG